AUGGAAGGGAAAGUUUUCACAGAAGAGCAGGAAGCAUUGGUGGCCAAGUCAUGGGGUGUGAUGAAGAAGAAUUCUGCUGAAUUGGGUCUUAAAUUCUUCCUAAAGAUAUUUGAAAUUGCACCAUCAGCGCAGAAGCUGUUCUCUUUCUUGAAGGACUCUGAUAUUCCUCUGGAGAAGAACCCAAAGCUCAAGCCCCAUGCUAUUUCUGUCUUUGUUAUGACCUGUGAGUCAGCCUUUCAACUCCGGAAAUCAGGCGAAGUCACAGUGAGAGAAUCAACCUUGAAAAGAUUAGGUGGAGUACACUUCAAAUCUGGAGUGGUCGAUGAACAUUAUGAGGUCACUAAAUUCGCAUUGUUGGAAACCAUAAAGGAAGCAGUGCCAGAAAUGUGGUCACCAGAGAUGAAGAAUGCAUGGGGAGAAGCUUAUGAUCAGUUGGUUGCUGCUAUAAAAGCAGAAAUGAAGCCCUCCCCUUGA